GACGUUCGAGGCGUCGGUGGCGCGGCUGGAGGCCUGGGAGCAGCGGCUCCAGGCGAAGGAGUCACAGCUGGAUGCGCGAGAGGCGGCGCUGGCUGCGAGGGAGGCCCUGGCAGAGGCGAUGGUGGCGACGAGCCGGCGGAGCGCGGAGCUCCAGGUCGCGGCGCUGCGCGCGGCCGAGGCCCGCCGGGCCGAGGAGAGGCUCGACGGGGGGGCCGGGCGGCCCGAGACGGAGGCGGAGCUGAGGGAGCUCCACGAUCGCGCCGUGGCCGAGUUCGCCCGGGGCUCGGCGCCGCCGCGGGGUCCUCCCGAGCCCGAGGCGGACUGA